CAGCGACGUCUCCGUGGAUUAUUGGAUGGGUCUGGUUUGUCCGGUACGCAGAAGGAGUCCAAUUUUCGGACGCAAACAGCGAUGGAUUGGACAAACUGAUGUCAAAACUGACUACUCAAUAGAGAGGUGAACGGGGAGAAAACAUGGACGCCGAAAGUGAUAUUCGGCACAUUGAACGAGGCGCGGAGGCCACCCCACUGCCCUUAUCUGUGACCUCCGACUGGCCGGAGGACGGAAACGAGACGACUGGGAAUCAGUUCCAGCAGCCCGACUGGCAGGUGGCUCUGUGGGCUAUAGCCUACUCCCUCAUCAUCCUGGUAUCCAUCACUGGGAAUGUCACAGUGAUCUGGAUUAUUCUUGCUCACAGACGCAUGAGGACUGUGACCAACUACUUCAUUGUCAACCUGGCCUUCUCUGACGUUUCCAUGGCAACUUUUAACACUCUUUUUAACUUUGUCUAUGCGCUUCACAAUGAUUGGUACUUUGGCCUGGGCUUCUGCAGAUUUCAGAACUUCUUCCCCAUCACUGCAAUGUUCUCAUCUAUAUACUCGAUGGCUGCCAUCGCAGUGGACAGGUACAUGGCCAUCAUCCACCCUCUGAAGCCCCGCCUCUCCUCCACUUCAAUAAAGGUUGUGAUCGCUUUGAUUUGGAUUGUAGCGAUUUCAUUGGCUUUCCCCCAGUGCUACUACAGCGAUACAAGAUUUUAUAACUCCAGAACCGUGUGCAUGGUCAACUGGCCUGAUGAUUAUGGAGGAAAACAUCAGCUAAGUUACCAGUUUUCAGUCAUAUUGCUGAUCUACUUGCUCCCUCUGCUGGUGAUGCUGGUGACCUAUAGUUUGAUUGGCCAGUCGCUGUGGGCUGGACACAUCCCCGGAGAGGCGUCAGACCAUUACCACAGCCAGAUAACAGCCAAGAGAAAGGUGGUCAAGAUGAUGGUUGUCGUGGUGAUGACCUUUGCCCUCUGCUGGCUUCCCUACCACAUCUACUUCAUACUGGGAUCGUUCAACGGAGACAUUUAUAAACAACAUUACAUUCAGCAGGUGUACCUGGCCAUAUUCUGGUUGGCGAUGAGUUCGACCAUGUACAAUCCCAUCAUUUACUGUUGUCUAAACCAAAGGUUUCGUGCCGGUUUCCGUCAUGCGUUUGCUUGGUGUCCGUUCAUCAAAGUGUCGGAGAAAGACAAGUUGGAACUGCAGCACACACACACCUUCAGAGUCACCAUGAAACGCAGCCACUCAGCUACUAAAAUCUCAUACGCACACACCUCCAUCAAAACAAACAUCACCUUCGACCCAAACUCAGCUGUCCAAAAUGAGCUAAACACAGAAAGUGACGCUUACAUGCAUCUUAAAGAAUACACUUUGUCAAAAAUAUACAGUGCACACAACACACAUGUGAUUAACUGGCCGGAUGACACUAGCUCACCAGCUGCCAAACUCUUAGAGCACAACCACUGACAACUGAAAAAAAAUCACAAUGAGGACAUUGUUGAUGUGAAGGCAACAGGGUUUUUCUAUAGCUAAAACAGAGCUAACUAAAAUAAAGACUAGCCAGUGAAGACAAACAAAAUAAGAUAGUUCCUGAGUUGAUGAAGCUACGGUGACUUUCAUGUUCAUCAGACCUGACCUUUUUUGUUACAGAGGUAUAUGAAUGAAUGUGACUAUCAAGCUGAUGGAUGUUUUACUGUUAAUGCAAAAGUGGCCAUAGGAACAUCUGAAAAUAUAGUUAUAACUGGGAGAAAAUACAUCUGCAUACCGAACAAGAGCGAUUUAUUCUGGCAUUGUUAGCAUUUGCUGCCAGUGGGAAAGUCUGAGGAUAAAUCCAUCCAUCUUUCGUUUCUUUUACUUGAUCACAUUCUCCUUCCCCCAUGCUCCAUCUUCUAAAUCCUUUUUUCCUACACUUAUUCUUUUUUUCUUCCCCUCUUUUGGAAAAAAAACUGCAAACCAUGACAUUUUAGUGUAAUUGUAAAGUUUUUAUCUGUGGUUAUUGGUUUUCUAAUGCGUACAAUGGAUGAACAAUCCCCUGACAUCACCACCAAGCCUCAAUGUUGUUGUUAUCGUGGGUUUUCUUCUUUUGACUGCCCUGAACACAGGACUUCAUUCUUAAAGGGACAUUUUCUUCUUAAUUCCUUUUCUUCACCAAUCAUCAUGCACAAAGUGAUAAUUAAAUUAAUUCUGGUUCCUCACUUUAUUGAAAAAAAAAAUGUCUUUUCAACCUUGCCAGUAUUCAAAAUUAGCACCAAAGUGCAGGUUAGCCCCUAUAGUUAGUCUGAAAUUGGCUAUAUUGAUGACAUGGUACAAAAAGUAGGAAGUGACACAUAAACCAUGACUGUGCAACUUUAUGUGGAGCAGCAGGACAACAUCAACGUUUUCUGAACACAAGAAGCUCCUGUUUCUAACAUAAAUACAACUUUAACACAAUAAUUUAUCAUUACACAUUUUAGAAGGAAAAUCAUUCUUGAAUUUACCUUAUUUCACAGAAUCUGCUGAUUCUUCCCAACAUUAAUUAUACUUUUAGCACAAAUCUAUUAUUGUACAGUACAGUCACAUAGUGUGUGGUCAUGCAGUUUGGUGCUCAUAUAUUGUGAUUUCACCAGUUCAAGUGUAAAAUUUUUCAUGGUCAGUGUACAUUAGUCCGGAUUAUAAAGUCAAAGUGUUGCUACUUAAAAGAGUCUGAUGUGAAAUGUAACACUGGCAUCCAUUGAGUAGAUUAAUGUAAAAUAUGCUAAUGAAGUGCAAAUGUAAAUAUGCAACUUGUGUGAUGGUUGCACAUUUACAGUCAGGGCAUGAUGCUGUAAAGAAUAUAGCCCGUCAGCGUUAACAUUUCAGAAUGUAGUAAAAACCUUUCGGUUCUUUGUAACAGCUUAUUAACUUGUAACAUACACAUGGUGAUGAUAUGAAACAUCUGCAUUUUUUAGAACAAAAAAGUCAAUAAUAUGCUUAAUAAAUGUGACAACAAUAAUAAAAUUGCAAUGCAGAAAGUAUCCAAACACUUUUUUUUGUAUCCUGGAGUGA